GCAUUUCAAUUUACUUAGCUCAGCAUGGUUUAUCGGAGUGUCUUUGUAAAGUUCUUUAUAGCCUUUUGUUUGGUGGCAAAGGCCACGCAAAAUGAAGAUGUCUCUGCAGAACUCAGACCGAGUCCUCGUAUAGUCAACGGUCAGAAAGCCGCCGUAGGACAAUUCCCAUAUCAGGUAUCCGUGCGUAUCAAUGAUCAACAUAUUUGUGGAGGCGCAUUGGUGGCUCAAAACUUUGUGCUAACCGCAGCACAUUGUGUCUACAACAUUGAUGACGAUGUCCUAGGCGUACAAGCCGGCACAGUGGGUCGCACCAACAGCGGCGACUUCCGCGCAGUUUCCACUGUUAUCAUACACCCCCAAUAUGGUUUCGAUAAUGAUAUUGCUUUGUUGGAGCUGAAAACACCAUUCUUCUACUCCGAUGUUAUAAAACCAAUAGGAAUUGCUUCUUGGGAUGUACCUGCAGGAGAAUCGGUUGUUAUUUCCGGUUGGGGUCGCAUAUACGAAGGUGGUCCACUCGCUGAUCAAUUGUUGUAUACUAGAUCAUUGACAACUCUGAACAAUGAAGAAUGUGCUAAAGCUGACGGUACACUGAACCCCAGCAUUCUGUGCCUUAAUAGUCCGCAAUCAAGAGGUUUUUGUGAGGGCGACGAUGGUGGUCCUGCCGUUUAUAAAAACAUACUAAUUGGCAUUGCCAGUUAUAUUACAAAGGGUUGCGGCUCUAUUGCAAAAGGAGGUUUUACUAAUGUAUCUUAUUAUAAAAAUUGGAUACAAGCAAUAAUUCAUGGUUAGGUGCCGAAAUAACUUCUAAAUGUUUUACAUACAGCAAAUAUUAAAUGAAAUUUCGAAAGCGAUAAA